AUCAAAAUAAAGGUCAUGUGACACGGAACUGAAGAGCCACCAUCUUGAAAUGAAUCAGAAGAGGAAUUGAUAAAUAAAGGGUGCUAAACCCCCAAAAUUAAUGUAAUUUAUACCAUCAGAUACAAAUAUUGCUUAAAAACGUAAAAUAUCCAUGUCUUCAGGCAAUACGUUACAGAAAGCCAUUGAGCUUGUUACAAAAGCCACAGAAGAAGACAAGAAUAAGAAUUAUGAGGAAGCUCUACGGCUCUAUGAACACUCAGUAGAGUACUUUUUACAUGCUAUGAAAUAUGAGGCACAAAGUGAAAAAGCGAAAGACAGUAUCCGAGCCAAAUGUGCACAAUAUCUAGACAGAGCAGAGAAACUAAAACAAUUCUUGAACAAAAAGUCCAAAAAGCCAGUGGCAGAUGGAGGAGGGUCUAACAACAAAGGAAAAUCAUCAAAGAACAAUGACUCUGACAGUGAUGAAGAAGAUCCAGAUAAAAAGAAGUUUUCAAAUCAGCUGUCAGGUGCCAUUGUGAUGGAAAGACCUAAUGUAAAAUGGGAUGAUGUUGCUGGUUUACACAUGGCUAAAGAAGCACUUAAAGAGGCUGUAAUUCUACCUGUAAAAUUUCCUCAUCUUUUUACUGGUAAAAGAAAACCUUGGAGGGGAAUUUUAUUGUUUGGACCUCCUGGUACAGGAAAGUCCUAUCUUGCAAAAGCUGUGGCAACAGAAGCCAAUAACUCGACCUUCUUUUCGGUUUCAUCAGCUGAUUUAGUGUCAAAAUGGCUGGGAGAAAGUGAAAAAUUGGUAAAGACAUUAUUUGCCUUAGCUCGUGAGAAUAAGCCCAGCAUUAUAUUUAUUGAUGAAGUGGAUGCCCUCUGUGGAUCGCGUAGUGAGAAUGAAUCUGAGUCGGCAAGGAGAAUCAAAACGGAGUUUCUGGUCCAGAUGCAGGGAGUGGGUGUAGACAAUGACGGUGUUCUAGUAUUAGGAGCUACAAACAUACCCUGGGUGCUGGACUCGGCUAUAAGGAGAAGGUUUGAGAAAAGAAUUUAUAUUCCCCUGCCUGAAGCCCCUGCCAGAACAGAGAUGUUUAAGCUUCACCUGGGGAACACCCCUCACAGCCUUAGUGAGGAGGAAUUCCGAGAACUAGGGCGGAGGACAGAGGGGUAUUCUGGAGCUGACAUAUCCAUUGUGGUCAGAGACGCUCUAAUGCAGCCUGUCAGAAAAGUCCAAACAGCUACACAUUUCAGAAAAGUGCGAGGUCCCUCGAGGGAGGAUCCCAAUGUGAUAGUGGAUGACCUACUGACUCCCUGUUCUCCAGGGGCCCCUGGAGCUAUGGAGAUGAACUGGACAGACGUUGAUGGAAAUAAAUUGCUAGAACCCAUUGUAUCCAUGAAUGACAUGUUAAUGUCAUUAGCCACAUCUAAACCUACAGUGAAUGAAGCGGACCUUAAAAAGUUAGAGGAGUUCACUGCUGAUUUUGGACAAGAAGGAUAGCUUUAGGGAUCUCUUUAUCUUUUAUAUCUGGUUUAUUAAUAUACAUGUAUAAGAACUUGUAUGACACUGUGCAAACUUGAAAGAAGAUGGUGUUCUAGGAUACCCCAUCAAAGCACAAAGUAUCUUGUCAAUAUGGAUAUGACUGUGUUGUGUGACCUGCUCAUGUGUAGGAUAUCCUCUUAUAGAAUUCAGUAUCCCUAUAGGCUACUGAUUAGAAAUAAACUGUGAUAGAAGUUGGUACAUGAUGACUUAGUAUGGCUGAGUGAGUGAAAUGAACUUUUUCUGUAUGAAAACCAUCUGUAUAUUUUUUCAGUCUUUGCUUAAGAGGAUGAAAAUGGUGAUGAAUCAUUUUACCUACUUUAUCUGCAAAUUUGAUUCUGACAGUGCGUUUUGUUUUCUCCAUUGUAGUUAUGUAAAUGUGGCAUUAAUUGUCUGUUGACAGUAAUGCAUGAUGCCUUUUGUGUUUUUUAAUAUUCCUUCUUCAUGUCUUUAUGUUGAUGUACAUGUAAUAGUUAAAACAGUGUUUUGAGAGGAUGCAAGACAUAAUUGAAUAGAUGUUAAUAGGAUAUAAAUGCUGUAAAAUAAACUACUAUUAUUAUUAAAGUCAUUAUUGAGA